AUGGGUUCUACAUCCGUCUCCUGGGAGGUUUCCUCGUUCGAAGUCCAGGCCACUACACCCAACGCCACGAGUGAUGCUCUCUACGCCAAUGGCAACAUGCAGGUUCCUGUGAUUGUUGUUAUCAGUGUGGUUGAUCCAGACACAAACAAUGCCUAUGAGCUGAAUGAAUCCGAGCUCGAGGCAAUCGAACUCAUCGAUUAUGACGACCCUCCCACGGAAAUAUCAGGAUCGUGGAGCUAUUCAAUCACAGAAAACGAAUUCGAACACGGGCUGCCAUCUACUCAAAAGACCGUCCAGCCUGACCUAUUUCUUGCGGCUGGGGGUCCUCAAAAGAAGCGUUACUGGGUUACGACGACGAAGGUCGAAGACAAGAGAAUCGGUGCUAACAUCAAACAGCCCGAUGUUACAUACAAGGUGGACGAUCUCAACUUUGAGCAGCAGGAGGAUAAUGUAGAGCAAGAUUUUCCAGACAAGAGCGGCACUUGGGUACAACGGAACUUUUAUCUGACCACCAAGAAGUACGAACUCCGAAAAGCAGACCUUCAAGGCUAUGAUCUGGGCACAGUUGACCCCUCCUUGGAAUACGCAACCGCUUAUUUGGACACUGGUAUUGGGUUCUUCAGUAUCUUCUACUAUUGGCCGAUGGGAUCAGAAGAAACGCGAACAGUGGGGAUUGAUUCUCAUACGGCUGAGGUCACCAUAAAUCAGAAAAGCAACGCCCUGUGUGUCACCCAUAUGUUUCUCUCGGCUGGUACAACUUGGCCGGCUUCUAGGACUUGGGAAAGUCGAUUUACGUUCUAUGAUAAAUUUGGAAACCCUGGCACUUUUUGGUUGGGCUAUGACGACACACAUGUCACCCCAGAAAUCUUGGAACACAUAUAUACCCUAGAAGAAUGA